AACACUCAACAGCAACAGUUUGUAUCGUUUACAAGGUACAUGCAGUAAUUCACCAAGGCUGCUUAGAGAGCACCUGCCAAAUCUACGACUACUUCCAUCUAGAAGGAGGGCAGCAAAUACAUGGGAACACACCAUCUCCAAGUUCCCCUCGAAGCCAUUCACCAUCCUGACCUGGAAAUAUGUCACUGUUCCUUCACUGUUGGGUCAAAAUCCUGGAAUUCUCUCUCUGAUGGCAUUGUGGGUCUACCUACAGCACAAGGGCUGCAGCUGUUCAAGAAGGAUGCUCACUACCACCUUCUCACGGGCAACGAGGGAUUGACAAUAAAUGCUGCUGACCUUACAAAAUCCAUCCCACCCCCCCAACACACACACACAAAUACCUCCAAACCUUAGAAGUCACUGACUCUCACAAAUACUCCCACAAUAACCCUCAAAACCCAACAAAUCCGUCAUCCUCUGAGAGAAUAAGAGAAAGCUGUGGAGAGAAAUGUUGAUAAUUCUGCUGGUUUAUACCAGAAUAUGUCAGUUCUGAUGUGACUACCAGCUUUAGGCGGAGUGUGCAAAACCUUCCAUCACAGCACCAUUUCAAGAAAACUGCUCGCAGAGUCGAAGUCCCCCUGGACCGUAGGCGGGUGACCCCGAUUACUUAGAUGGGUGGGUGGUUAGUGUCCAGUUUUGCAAUGCUGAGUGCCAGGAUGAUAGAGCGGGGUGGGAUUGCACUGACGAGCACAGCAGUUUACACACAUUCCCACCCCUCUCUCUCUUUCUUUCGCUCUGCUGUUGUGUUCCUUUUGAUUCUGAUCUGUUAAGUUUCCUGUCCGGUUCCGGCUCUGAGGCGGCUCAGUGUUUCCUGCUCCGCCUUCGAUGUGGGAGCCGGUUGCAGGCUGUUCCGGAUCUCAGUGAAGGAGUUGCGGGCCACAUCGAGGGAGUAGUGCCAGGGCACAGGGGGUAGGCAUCCCCCCCCCAGGUCUACUCCAGCGACAGCGGUAUACACCGAGACUGAGAGAUGUCUUACACAUACCAGGGGGCACAAGUCAACUAUCUCUUCAAAUAUAUCCUGUUCACCUUCAACACCAUCUUUUGGGUAGCUGGGGCUGGGCUCCUUGCGAUCACUUUCUGGGCAUGGAAUGAAAAGGGUGUGUUGAAUAUUCAGUCCAUCACAGAACUGAAGGGCUUUGAUCCAGUCUGGGUGAUCCUGGUGGUUGGCUUAUUCACCUUCAUUUUGGGAUAUGCAGGCUGCAUUGGAGCUCUACGCGAGAAUAUCUGCCUCCUGAAAUUUUUUUCGGUAAUCAUUGGAACCAUCUUCACAGUGGAACUUGUAGCUGGAAUUCUGGCCUUCGUGUUUCAGGACACGGUAAAGGAGCAUGUGCAGAAGUUCGUCCAAGACAAUAUCAGUGCUUAUCGUGAUGAUAUAGACCUUCAGAACCUCAUCGAUGCAGUGCAGAAAUAUAUGCAGUGUUGUGGGGCUGCUGACCCUAAUGACUGGAACAGAAAUGUUUACUUCAACUGUUCAAAGGAAAACACCAGCCGGGAGCGAUGUGGUGUCCCCUUUUCUUGCUGUUUGCCUGACCCAGCUCAGAAUGUUGUGAACACGCAGUGCGGUUAUGACAUCCGAUCCCCGGAUAAGAACACAAUGAAAGACAGUCUCGUCAUUUACACCAAGGGCUGUAUCCAGGCGUUUGAGGACUGGUUACCAAAGAACAUCUACUUUGUAGCUGGGGCCUUCCUGGUUAUCGCCGCCCUGCAGAUGUUCUCGAUUUAUCUUGCACGCUCUCUCAUCAGUGAUAUUGAAGCAUUGAAAGCUGGCUGGCGCUACUGAUGUUGUUGUUUACAGGGAACCUCCUGAAACAUCUUACUAUCGAAGUUACAAACUGUUGAGAAGUAUAUAUUUUUGUAUUUGAAAGAUGCUAACUAUAAUAUCUAAAUAAUUCGAAUUCCAGACUUUUCCAUUCUGUGCUCCCUGUACUUUAGUUUGUUUAAGGUGUAAUUUAAUUGGACACAGGACUUUGUGGCUGAGGUCCUGUCUCACCUUAUGUCUUAUUCCUUCUGACUGUGAGCGUGCAUUUGUCGAAGAGUGUGUUGACACAAUUCUUGUCAUGUUGUCACUGAUUGAAUGCUUAUGGAUGAUUGAAUUACUGCCAGACUUGACAGGGGUGAGGUGUAUGUUCUUCCACCAGGGGAAAGCGGACAUGGCCACUGUUGCUCUGGAAUACUCAGCCAAAAUUGUAGAAAUAUCACUCAAUCUUUGUACUAUUGGGGAACAUACAGAGAAUGCAAGUUAUUCUCCCACUGGGUUUAACACUGGCAGCAGGCUAUGAGGCUGGUCAUUGAGUCGCAUGAACUUCACUCGCUGUUGUCAAAGUUUAUUUAUAAACUGAUCACUGAGAUAAAGUCUGAGGGUAGCAGCUUUGUUUGAGUAAAGAUCGCACAUCCCUCCUCACACACCCUGCAAAUUCCACUUGUGCCUCCUACAAGUAGGCUCCUCACACCCCAUAAUAUCCUCCUCAAACCUCCAGCAAUACCCUCCCCACCCCCAGCAACACCCUUCUCACUCCCAGCAAUAUCCUCCUCACCCCCAGCAACACCCUCCUCACCCCCAGCAAUACCCUCCCCACUCCCAGCAACACCCUCCUCACUCCUAGCAACACCCUCCCCACCCCCAACAAAUCCCAGCCAGCGCUCUGAGCAAACAUCAGCAUUUCCUUCUCAAAACGUUUAAUCUCUGAUUGGCUGUUUCCACUUUACUGAUAGUUUACGUUUUCCAACUGUUAAAAUAGAGAGUGAGGAUUGAGCGUCAAGUCCCUCUCCAGUAAUACCCUGUCCAGUAGAGCCCUCUCCAAUACUACCUUCUGAGUCUGGGGUGUUCUGGUCCGUCUGCUUUUAUUACAUUCCAUAAUAUAGUGUUUAAAUGUUUGUUGGUAGAGUUAAAUGUCUUUUGUGAAUAAUGAUGGGAUUGCAGGAUCUAAGCUCCCAAGGGAUUAGUCACCAUCUGCCCUGUGACCCUUUAACUUGUUGAAUCAAUAUUGCGUACAUUUCUAAGGCAAUUUGCCACUCAUUGAACUGACUGAUUACAACAUCUGAACUCCUUACCUCCCUUUAGGCUUCCCACUAUCAGGUUAAUUACAACAUCAGCUACCCACCAAGAUGAGCUCAGCUUGAACUAUCCACUCAUUCCACCUUCUGGUUGCAGAUGUGGGAAAGGCUAAGACCAAUCAGGGGAAUGGCAGUGUGAGAGUAGUGUUGCAGGCCAGACAUGGGAAGACAAUGGGUGAGUCUGAAUCUGAGAGAAGUGCACUUUGCUGCCAGAUUCUUGGAAGGCAGUGCAAACUGUGAACCAGAAACCAGCUCUUUUUAGGGCCAGUCUUGGUUUCCCAUCAGUGACCUGCAGUGAAGACCCUGUGAUGGGCCCGGCCCAGUGUUGGUGGGAAUUAACCCGUGAGCCUCUUUCUGCCAAUUGUCAGCAGAACUGAUCUGACGCAGGUCACAGCUGACUCCUAACCUCCUCCUUCCUUGAACACACCCCUCCUGUUUCUCAGCUUCUCCGCCCAACCCCAGCUCUUCUUUAUUCAUCUUUAUUCUUCCUCUAGAUCCACCUCUGUUUCCCCAACAGUCUCUGUCCCCAGUUACCCAUCUCCCGAUUCCAAAUGUCCUCCAACUCCCCCUCCUUCCUCAAACUUCCUCCUAUCCACCAUUCACCCAUCUCCCAACUCACCCCACCUUCCCUCCCCUGUUGCCCAAUAUUCUCCUGUUCCCUAAUUCUUUCAAGACCCAAGACCCCUUCCAGACCCAAUCCCUAGCCAAAACUCCACCUCUCCCAAACUUACCCUGACCCGCUAAUGUCCAUGCACCCCCAACCCCAACCUCACCCUGUCUGUCAGUGCCACCUCCAGACACACUUGUACCACUGCUAUUUCUCCCUACUGGAGCCUUAGUUCCCAGCCAUGGAUAGAGUGUUGUUUGGUUUGAACUGAUCAUUUUGAGUGUUGUGGCUCGGUCAGUUCAGAAAUAUCAAGAACCACAGGAGUAUUUUUAUUACUUUAAAGUGCUUUUUUUUUAAUAUUAAUUUGUAUAAUUUUUGAAAAAUGUGCUAGUAGCUACAAAAUUUGUGGAAUUUUUGCUAUGUUUUGUAUCUGAUUUUCACAAAACAAUAAAUUUUAUGUGAGAUCCGCA